UCCACCGGGAGGCGGCGACCUUAUAAGAACUUAUUUGACCCCUUUUGUGAACUUACCACGUCCUCACCCCAGCCCGUCCAUCGCCAUCGCCUCUCGUUUGUCUUCUUGCUGCCGCUCGCUCAAUGUCUGCAUUCGCCGCUCGCUCAAAGACCGCCACCGCCGCUCUCUCGAAGACUGCCACCGCCCUCGCUUGACUGCCACCACCUUGAUCCAUUUCUCGCUCGACGUCUGCAACCGCUUCUCAUUAAUCGUUCGUCGCCUCCUAGCUCCUUAGGGGGCAGCUUCUAGGUCUCCACAUCUCCACCCAGCUUCUUUCAAGAGUUUCAUUGCCAAUGGAACAGGUUUAUGGUGCUUUUUAAGGUUCUUAGAUGAAAGGAAACCAACAUUUUCAAAUACAAACAUGGAUCUCAGUUUUCAGACUCAUUUGGGAUAUUUAUGGCCACUGAAAGCAUGUAGCAAACAACUCGACUGAGUCUUCACGAAUCGUCCAUGAAAAAUGCAUCAAUUGGAUUAUUCCACUAAAGAAAUCUGAGGAUUUUGCACUAGUUGAACCUCUAUAGCCCCUCAGUUAUCAGAGACUAAUACUUCAGUGAUAGCAUUCGCUUGAGGCUUGGUAAUUGAUUUAGACGGUAUAUAUGCACUAGUCCCUUGGGGUUAGUGAUUGUUGGAGUUCGACAUUUUGGGAUUCUUCAAUCUCUUCAUAUUUAAGGUGUGCGCUGGGAAGGAAGAUUAACCAUUCUGUUUAAAUCUUUGAUUUCAAUUAAAGAUAGAGUGGGUGUUUGUGCAGCUUUGAGAGUUACUUCUAACAUCAACAUUUAUGGGCUCUGAACCUGAAUAUACCUGUAUCGAUGCCAACUUGUAUUCUCUCCUCUGUAGACAUGCCAGGGUUAGCUCAUUGCCAACUUGUCAGUCAGCAGAUGAAGAACUGUCAUUUUACAAGAAUGAUAGAACUGCUCCACCCCACACUACUAUUGGGAAAGGGCUAAAAUCUUCUUUGGAGAGGCAUAGGGUAUUGCAGCUUGUAUUGGCUUUACUUGGAGCUUGUAUGGUCAUAGGUGAUGGUAUUCUUUCACCUGCCAUAUCUGUUUUUUCUGCACUUUCAGGUCUGGAGCUUGCUAUCUCUAAAGAGCAUAACAAAUAUUUACAAAAGCACUCUAAAUGAUAAAUGAAUUGCUGAAGUUCGGGAUAAAUGGGUGAUAUGUGUUUGUGAUAAAUUUUUGUACUCUAUACCACCCAUAAAUAUUGUAUUGUAAGAUUAUAAGUCUUGUUGUAUCGACUAUUUCCCAUGUUUUUGACUUUUUGUAAUUUACCUCUGAAUAUGAUUGAUUGUAUUGCUCCAUAAUUUAAGUCUUGUAAUUUUUGUACUCUAUA